AUGAUCUUCGGUCCUAUAAACACCGAACCGUUGGGCAGUUGCGAUUUUAAUAGUUUGACGAUUCACAAACGGUUUGUGUCGUUACCAAACAUGGCCGUUCGGACAAAUCCCGGAGCCAGAGCACCAGAGUUGCAAGGAUGGAUAUCAGCGCCUAAUAUAAUACUACCGGUUGAAGACGGUCUGCAGGAAAAUAAAGAGAAACCGUCGGAAACCGGUGAUUUCCGUAGUUUUCAGGUGCACACAACGUUUAUGUCAUUACCCAACAUGGCCUUGCCGAAAAAUUCCGGAGUCGAAGCACUGGAGAUCGGAUGGAAAUCCGCAACCGAAAUUAUGCUACCGGCUGUCGACGAUAUCAGGGAAAACAUACAGAAACCUUCGGGAAACUGCGAGUUCCUUAGUUUGAAGAAGAGAUCUCUGUUGCUACCCAAUAUGCCCGUGGGUGAAAAUUCCGGUGGCGAUGCUCCGGAGGUUGGAUUGCCGUCCUUAACGUCCUUGGAAUUGACAGUUUCCACCGAUUCCCCGUGCGCCUUAUCGUCUGUCGCCACAUUGAUGAUACUAUAG